GUGCGCCACCGAAAUUGUUCGGAUAAAUGCUGUGAUGGGCAAGAAAAUCCUCACUUGCCUGCUAGGUAUAUAUGUGUGCCAUCGUAAGCUCCUAUGCCACAUAGCGUUCUAUGAAGAAGCUACGCCCAUUACGAGAGUGAGUGAACGCCUCAAACUAACCAGUCAUUUUGAAGAACGUUUAUGAGUGACCGGGUCGAAGAGCCAAUGAUACUACGUAUAUACAUGACCCUUGUCCAGAGAAUGACAACGCGGGGUUGAUUCAUGGAAACGUGAUCCAUGGGCACUCGGCGCUUACUAUCUAUUGCUGCCUUUAUAAACAAAUUUGUCCAGUUGGGGCCUUGUCCUUUAAACGUACACGCACACAGCCAUGUCCCAACAAGUUCUACUAGACCUGCCCGACAUUGACUGGCCCAAAUUGCGGGACACUAUUCUCGCCUCUUCAAUUUAUGCUCUGACAGAGGUCAAUAACUGGUCAAUCAGGCAUCCAUACGUCGCAGCUGGAGCUUUGAUAUGCAUAUCUUCCAAUCCUGACAUCUUACUUACGCCACUAUGGCUCACAGGAAAAACAACACUUUAUAUCUGUCUCCUCCCGCUUCGGUUGAUCCUCUGGCCCUUCAAGCUCCUGGGGAGGUUCACCUUGUAUAUUUUCGGUUUCAGGGGACGUGGCGUAGCGAAAGGUACAUCCCAACCAAUCAACUACAGGUGUCUCGUGACCCUAAACGUGAAUAUGACAGAUUCAUUGGCAUCUCAGUACCAGUCCCAAAUAUAUGGUGACUACGUGCCACAAGACUCUACCUUUGCGAGACUCCAGUCAUACGGGGCCACUGAAUAUUACGAUGACUUGGAAGUGCUGAGAUCAGCGAACGAUGACGAUGACGAGAAUAGAAAUCUUGAAGUAGGGUCGAUGCUUGCGAUUGGUGUCUCCUGGCUGUCGGCUAUUGGGGCUGUGUUUGUCUUGGGCAGGACGUGGGGGUGGUGGAAUUGAUGGGGUUGCUGGACAAUGUUGAUAAUGUGUAUGUUGAUCUGGAGGGAGUGGAAGUCAGUGACAGGAACAUGAAAUAGCAUGGAACCAUAUCGAUAAAACUAAGCGACGUGUACUCAGUAAAAUGUACGCUUCCUCGUAGGAUUGUGCAUGACCCGCCGUACUGUUGAGUGCCGGAAGUGUUGAGUCGACGAGAGAGUAAAUUUGUAAUGAGCGCUUAGCUAACUAUAUGCGCGGAGUCGGUCGUGCUCUUACGCGGGCUGCUGACUCUGAAUUGGUGA